AUGUUGUCUAGGUUCCUUCGGGUUUGGGGUUUGGGGGUUUGGGGUUUAGGGUUUAGGGUUUGGGGUUCAGGGUUCCCUUUUUGGCUUUUACGAGGAUCUUAUGGAGGAAUCUGUGUUUCACAGGUCUUUGGAGCCAACGUAGGAGCUGUGCUGAUCAAAGCAGGCGGCCAGAUUCCAAGCACCAAGGAGUUCGAGACGUUGGCUGUUUCAACCUGGCAAGCAGCGGGGUUCCCGGACCUUGGGAUUGGCAACUACAACAAGUUCGGGACGGUCCAGCGCUCAACGAUGGGCGAAGGAAUCUAUGAUGUUGCUGCAGGGGCUCCUCCGCACUUGCCAGUCUCACCGCACAGUGAGCAGGCAUACCUUCACCAGGUCCCGCGUUUCUGCAGUUUUGUUUGCCAGCGCCCGGCAGAUGUUGGUGGUGAGCUGCAACUAUUCGACAACGUCGUGCUCGGCGAAGAGCUGGGAGACCUCACAGACAAGCUGGCGAGGCUUGGCGUGACGUACUUCCGCGUCAUGGGAGAUCAGGUCCGCUCAGCGAACUGGAGCUAUGCCACGGGCAUGUGGCAAGACAGGUUCGCCACGCCCAGCUGGGCUGAGGCAAAGAGCCGGGCCGGCGCCGACGUGGUUAUGGGUGGCAGCUCAGGAGCACAACUUGGCCCUGGCGAGGAAGGCACUGUUGUGCUAAACUGGACCGUUCCAGCAGUGACCUGGGUAACCGUGUCUUCCGACACUUGCAGCUCGGGUGUGAAGCCUGUACGGGCUGUGCUGCAAUCCAUCCUGGAUAAUCACAAGUCUGUUAACUAUGGCACGGGCAUUCCGGCCUUGCAUUCGACUUGGGGGGACGGCACAGAUUUCGACGACUGGGAGCUUGAGGUGUUGCGGAAGGCAGUCGCGAAAUCACUCUGGGCUUCCAUGAAGUUGGAGGAAGGAGAUGUGGUGGUUGUGGAUAACUGGCAUUACGCUCAUGGACGGUCUCCAUACGAAGGGCAGCGAAAGCACGCAGCCUUGAUCAGCGACCGGUUUCCACGCGCAUGA